AUGCUCGCGAAUACCAGUCAAACUGACCCUGCUCGCCGUGUUUCGAACAUCAACAUCGGCUACAAUUUCGCCAUGUUGUACAAGCCACGGUGCGAUUCUCAAGCGCCUCCCCCGUCUACUUUCUGGCAGCCUUCUGCGAUUGCACCCCUCAAUAGACCGCGCGGACCGUUCUCCUUGGCCUACCGCCCGAAAAGCAGCGACUUCCUUCCGAUUUCGCAAGCGAGGAGCUUCGCCAACGACGACGAUCUUCGCUCAACAAAUACGAAUGGCAUUCGCUCGACCACCGCUAAUGGUCCUCACUCGAACAAGACAAGUGGUGUCCGCUGGAAGAUUCACGCUUUACCCGGCGCCGAGUCCAUCGAUGCCCCCCUCACCGAUGCUCCCGUUUCGUGGCAGAACGCCUCGAGCUCAUGCGCGGAGGGUUGCGAGAGGUUUAUCAUCGCGUCAGGGUGCGGGAAGCCAACUACGGUGGCGCAAAGCACAGGCGAAAGAUUGUCGCGCGGGCUGAAGAGGAGCAGCGGGAGGGACAAUCGAUCGAAGCGCCGCGAAAUCCGGAGAACGACUGAAGGAUGUACGGGACAGAGAGCACAUGGAGAUGUUCAUAAACUAGAGAAGCGUCGGCCCUGCCUCCCGACGACCUUGCUUGCAUGUGACACGCACGCUGCGGUGGCCAUAGUUCCUCCUCAAGAAAUAUUUGCCGACGUUCAGAGAUUGAUCCUGUCUUAUGAAGAGGCUUCAUGA